AUGACUUAGAUAAUUAAUGAGAAAUUCAAUCCUUUCAGUACUUUAGUUGAUUAACACUAUAUAGUUUUAAAGAUAUACUUCAACAAAAUGAGCGAUACCUCUUUUAUUAUUUCACAAAACAUCAAAGAUGGACUUUCAAUAGUAAUAUUAAUCUCUGCUAUGUUUCUUCUGUUAACGUAGAUUCAACCAAUUAAUAAUUAUUACAAGGAGACUACCCAGAGGAUAAAUCUAAAUAAGAUUGGUUCUAUACUCCAUUUGACUGAAAUAGAUUUCCUUAGUUUAAGACUGGACAAGCAUAAUAGGAGGAUAUUAGAAGUUGUGGUUAUUCUUAUUUCUUUUUCCAAGCUUUAAAUAAUGCAUCUUUAAGUUUACCAGAGAGAGGUUCAGCAUAUUUUGGAUUUGAAAGUGAAAUCUUUUGUAUGCAGCCAUCUUAGAGCAACUAAAUUUGGAAUGGAACGAAUCAUCCAGUAUCAUAAUGCAGAACUAGAUAAGUUAACAAUAUAACUCUCACUUCAUACAGCCCUACUUGUAGAUAAUGGUAUAAACGGCAAAAGGCUGAUUAGAAUUGUAAACACUAUUAACUAAUUCAAUACCAAUAUAGUUACAUUUAUUGAAGAUAUUUACAGAUUCGCUAGAGACAAGAAAUUUGGAACUUCCAUAUGCUCUCCAAUUACUAUUGAUUCCAAAUACUAUGGUGCUCACUGCUAAGAUGUUUACCCUACAUUAAACUAAAGGAAUAAUGGAAACUAUACUGAAUUUUCAACAUAAAUGUCAAGUAUUAUCUAUGGAGAUGAUGAAAACAUUGUUGUUGAAGGUUUUAAUAUCGAUGGUUCAUUUAAAGACAAGCAUAUUUAGAUUGCUUACUUUAAGAAAGAUAAUACUUAAUUCGUCUUGAAAAAAUUUUCUGAAUCAAUCUUCGAUCCAAUGGAAGAGCUGCAUUAGAAGAUUUAGUAAAUGAUCCUAAAGCAUGAUUAAACAGAGUAAAAAGAACUAAAUGAGCUAUUUGAAGCAGCCAUUUUAUUCAUUAAAACAUUGAGAACUGCUAAGCAAGCUUUUUUGCUUGGUAAUUACGGCAGAGCUAUACUUAACUACAAUGAAAUUGCAAAGAACUUAGGUGAAAAAUCAAUAAAAAGAGGAAUCUGCCACAAUAACAUAGGCUGUAUCUUGCUGACACUUAAGGAGAAAAAGCCUCUAAUAUAUUUUUAAGAGGCUAUUUUUUAAUAGCAGGAAAACCUUAGUAGAAUUCCAAAAGAUAGCAAUGAGUAUCAACAUAUUUGA